AUGUCUGAGGUAACUAUCACUCCAUUUCUUCUUGCCUUAGAUGUGGUGCAAAAUGCAGUUGACUAUACUGCACUAUUAGAAUAUAUGAAACAGAAUUAUAAAAAGGAAGUGAUUUUCCUCAACGGAAUGGACUUUCUUGAUUCAGGCGGAAGAGUUUCCAAAAACGAAACUAAAAACGAUCGAAAAUCUCGACAUGACGGAUCAAGCUCAAUCGCAAAAGGAAUAAAAUCGAAAAUUGAUGGCGACGUUUCAAAAUUACUUGAUGCCAAAAAGAAAGCUAUUGCUGCAUCAGAAAAAGCAGCUGCAAAAACAAAAGAUGGCGCUCCAAAGUCUGGAAAGAAAGGAAAAUCUCCUUCAGACUCAAAACCUUCAGCACCAUUCGAUGGAUUAAUCGAUGUCCUCUAUUUAAUACAAAAUUACCCAUAUCUUGGCAACCAAGUAGUUGAUAUAGAAAACGCAGGAUAUCCAAUUGAUGCGUUUUUCGCUGUUAUUCCUGAAAAUGGAGCAGAACCAACAGCAUACUCAAAGAAAACAGAAAAAUCAGGUAGAGUUCCACAAAAGAGAACUAUUCCUGGUUCUGAUUUAGAUUUUACAAAUAAUCCAUCAUGUUAUCCACCGGCAAGAUGGCCUUUAAUACGUCCAUCAGUAUCCAAGAAGGUUGCUUUUUUGGAUGUAAAGGCCGCUUCCGAUGUAGAAUCUACAUUCAAAGAAAUAGAAAAAGCGAUUAUUUCGGUUGUACAGGCAAGAGACCAAUUUAACGAACAAUUCCAAGAUAGGAAGUUCGUCGAAAUACCAGCAGUCGUACCAAAUCUUACUUACGAAGCAUUUAAAGAUUAUUUAACAACACAUCCAGAUGAUUACACGAAUGGCUUAUAUAUACAAUUACAAUCGAAUAAUUUCAAAGUUAAACCUCCUCUACCACCUCCUUCUCUUCAAGAUAUGUACGAAAAUCUUUUCAACAGAGAAUUACAAACAUUAACUCGAAAAGUCGUUCAAUUUGAGAAGAUCGACCCUCCAGAUCCGAUAUUUAAUCUCGAAACACCAUCAUCCGUCGUUCCUCUUAUUUACAAACUUAAGAAAUUAAAAAUUACUCCAGAAAAUGCAGCAGUUUGUUCCGCAGUUACUAGUUUUGCAGCAACCCCAGCCAACCAAUACGCAUACGCCGGUGCAAAGUUCGAUCAAAUGAUUGCCGCCGUAAAUAAGAAAUAUCAACUUGGUCUUCCCAACUCUUUCUUUGAUUGGUCGCAAUGGAACAUCUCCUGUGAGUACCAAUCAAUCGUUGAAGAGAUCCAAGAUGCAAUUUCUCAAGCUUCUGUUGUUGAAUCAUUUCUUGACGAACAAGCAGGAGUAUUAUUCCUUCUAACUCUUGCUCCUGUAUCAAAGACCAAUGGCCAUAUACUUUCCAAUUACUCAAUGCCUCAAAUGAUGUCAGAUCUCGGCGAAUACAUGAAUUACUUUUUAACACAGCCUCAACAAGAAACUAAAAAAGGCCGUGGUGUCCAAAGUCCUGCAAAUAUAGUAAAGAACAAAGAAGAUCCAUUUUCUUUGUUACCUUCAAUUGUGUCACGUUUUUUAAAAAGUGACUCGCCAAUUUACAGACUUCCUCUUUCGCAGAGCAAUGCGGAGAAGCUUUCCAGUUCAUAUGUAUUCAAGUCUAACAUGCAUGUUGAGAUUACAAGGGAUAUAAUUCCAUCAGGAAUCACAUUUGGAUCACAUAUAUUUUUCAACGAAAUUUUUUCUGUUGUUUCCGCGAAAGAAAGAAUUGUUGUUACAUUAGUUGAAGGCCUUAAGAUAUUGAUCGAACCACCUUUCAAAGUCACUAUCAUCUUCAUCGAACAGUCCAUUUAUUUCGAUGGAAAAGACAUGGUUCUUAAAACAUCAAACCAAGAUGCAAUGGUCAUUUCAGAAGAUUCAAGUCUUGUCAUGAGAGAUGAUUUAGGAAGACCAACAAUUGUUUACGCGAAUGGAACAAUUUCUAGAUAUGAAAACGAUGUUUGGACAAGUGUUGAUGCAGAAGGUGUUGCAUACAGGAAGAACGAACAAGGCGAGAUGGAAAAGCUUGAUUUGCCAAGAGGAAGAAUCACAGAUACAGCAGCACAUUCAGAUUGCAUCAUAAGACCAGAUGAAAUCGAGUAUUUCAUACAAGAUGACGGAUCGAGGAAGAUGUCAGUUCGUUCCGCUCUCACAAUUGAUCAACAGAAAGACAAAAUCCAAUAUGACAUUCCGAACUUCCCAAUCAUACAAUGCAGUGAUGGAACGAAGACUAUGGAGAUAAAUGUUUUCACAAUCACAUUCAAAGAAAACCUCGCAACAUUCUCGAGCGAAGAUUAUAAGUUGACAAUCACUCCAGAAUACGUCAACAUCAACCACAAGAACGCAGAACUAUACAUAUCUCCAUCACGCGUUGAGAUCAAGACAGACAACCAAGUCUUAGUUGCAGACGAAGAUGGAACAGAGCGCUUGGGUGAAGUUUUGUCCGAAGCUCCGAAAAAGAAAGUCGAGGUUGUCAAAUCAAGGUUCGGCGAUGUAUAUCCGAUCAAAGAGACAAUGUUAGAACCACAACUUAAUGAAUUAUAUCAUACAUUCGUUCCGAGAUUCUUUUACAUCCGCGAUGAUUUGUCAGCCACAGAAUUCUUGCGUUCAGAUGUAUUACCUCCUGUUGACAAAGAAUGUCGAUCAACAUUACUCCAUCCUACAGGCUGCGAGUGCAAGAUAUUGACACGACAUUUAGCAGAUCCAGAAGCAAUACAGCGCAUAUACAUCGAGCGACAGAGCAUGAGCAAACCGGAGAGAGCGAACAUCAUGAAAGGACUUCACAUUCCGAAAGCAUCGAAACAGAAGAAAUCUCCACCGAAAGAAACGAACGAAAACAAACUUGUUGAAGGAGGAAUCAACGACAUCGACUCACAAGAAGACAACGUUGUUGUUGAAGCAGAAACAGUUCGACAAUCUAUGUUGUAUGACACUAAAGUAUUCACACAAGCACUCACAAACUGUUUGACACGAUCACAUGAAAACUUCUUGAAGGAAUUGCAGCCAGAACCAGAAGUCGAACAAGAACCACUCGCGAUGCCGAAAGUUACUCCUCCUCCGCGUGUUUUGAUCAUGCAGUACAACAAAUACAGAAAUACGACAGACAACUUUUGGAAUUCACCAGAAGGAACAUUCUCUAUGCCAGAAGAAACACAUGAACACUCUCCUCGUCCUCAAUCUCCGAGAAUGGCUUUGUUCGAUCCUCCUCGUUUCUUCGAUGAAAACGAAGGAGAUAAACCACCAGAAGAAAUUGAAGAAGAGAAACCUGUUUCACCGAAGAAAACAUUGACAAGAUCAGUGAGUAAUGGUUCUGGAAAAGGAACUACACGACCAAGGACAUUGUCUACACGAACAUCUGCAAUCGCAUUCGGAAAAGUUAAAGCGAAUAACCCUGCAAAGUUUUCUAUGUCUGUUACAAACUCUGGAACAACACCUCUUCAUUAUACUGUCACGAGUCCAAAGAAUCCACUUUUGAAAGUUUUGACUCCACCAGGUGUUGUUUAUCCAGGUCUGAAGAUGGAAUUAGAAGUUGAACUCCUCCCAGGAAGUCCACAAGAGAUAAUUGACUCUUUAGUUAUCAAAACACCUUUGUUCCAAAUGCCAAUACCUAUCACUGCUACAAUUGUUGAAGAAUAA